UCAGUAUUGGACUAUGAAUCGUCACCGGAUCAUCACAACAGUACAAUACUAAAUUUGGAUUAUGAAACAGAUUCAGGAAUUGCUGAAUCAUCGUCUGAUACAACUCUAGAUGAUAGUCACUCAAGAUAUAUACAUACAAAACCACGGGUCUUGCUGUCAAAAUUACCAACAUCAUCAAAACCAACCUCACAUCCAUCCAUACUUCCAGUUUAUGCUCGGUCAUAUACCCCGAUACAUCAAUGGUAUCCAAAAAAUCGUCAACUAUUAUAUGCUAAACCAACUAUUCUGGAAUGGAAACGACCUUCUGCUGUUGAACGUCGUGUUACCAGGACAAAUUAUGAUGAAUAUUAUGACAGAUUAUUAAAUUCACUUGAUUAUGAACAGCCGUCAUUUACCAAUUAUAGUAAAAUAUACGACAUAAAUACACCGUACAGUGCAAGAUGGCGACCAUUGCCAGCACAUAGCCGUUAUUAUAGUAUUAAAAGACUUUCCUACGAUACAAUUUUGUGUAAAAGAGAUAAUAAAGCAUUUAUAGCAAAACGGAGCUACAAUGUCCCAAAAUGGGUUCAACGCUUAGUUGCUAUACUUUCUUAA